AUGGCACUCACAGAGGUUGACGUGAGCACCGAACGCAUCAAGCAGGGCGACUGGAAGUCCAUCAUCACCCUUGUUGUUUUUGUAAUAACGAAUAUCAUCGUUCUCUUUCCUUUUCACAUCCCAGUAUGGGUCCCGACAUUCUUGGUAGAGGGCUUUCUUGGAGCCCUGAGGAGCAUGCGCAUCAUCUCGCCAGAGAGACAUGAUGUGGAUCAGCAAGAUGCCGGCUCUGAGCCUUUGGCAAAGAAGAGCGUGUUCACGCGCUUGCAUUUCCCCGUCAACUUUCUCACGGCGCCCUUGAUAGCAGAUCUUUUCCUGCUGGCUAUCGGGGCCAUCGCGCGCCAAGAAGUCUACAAUGGCACCGUCGGUGCCAACAACAUCCACCCCAUAGACAUCAUGGUCUUCUUCAUCACCCUGGCCUACAUCGCCAUAUCCAUUGACGCCUCUGGGCUCAUUCGCUACCUGGCCUUUAAGGUUCUGCAAUGGGGAGGCAAGAGGGGCGAUCGUCUUUUCUUCUACCUCUACACGUUCUUCUUCGCUCUCGGGAGCUUCAUCGGGAACGAUCCCAUCAUCCUCUCCGGGACGGCCUUCCUUGCUUACAUGACCCGUGUCUCGAGCAACAUUAUUCACCCAAGAGCCUGGAUCUUUACGCAAUUUGCCAUCGCCAACAUUGCCUCGGCCAUCCUGGUCUCUUCCAACCCGACCAACCUGGUCCUGGCCGGGGCUUUCGACAUCAAGUUCAUCACAUACACAGCCAACAUGAUCGUCCCGGUCGUGGUCACGGCAAUUCUACUAUUCCCCUUUCUUCUAUACAUCGUCUUUGCGAACGAAUCGCUCAUUCCCAUGUCCAUCAAGAUGCAUGAGCUGGAUCCAGCUGCGAGCAGCAGAAAGCCCGUCAACCCCAACAUUCCGAACGCAAGAGGUCUUGCCGAGGAAGAAGAGGACGAUCCGGCCAAUACGGAACAGGGAAAGCUUCUGUCGCUCGAAGAGAUCAUGAACCCUUUCCUGGACAAGGGUGGCGCAGCCUUUGGCGGGAUCAUCAUGGCAGCAACCCUGAUUACUGUGCUUGCGCUCAACGCAGCCAGCCAGGGGACAGGUGAACACCAGGUGUACUGGGUCACCCUUCCGGCGGCCUUCGUCAUGUUCUGCUGGGACAUGACCUUUGGGUGGCUCCACCGCAAGGAAACGCGUAGCAUCGCACGGAAAGGCCGCGAGGAGAUUGAGCGCGCGCGGGCGAUCCGAGCAAUCGAGGCCGAGGACCAAGAAAGGCGGCGACAGGAGUCUACUUCCAGAGACCUGGCCGAGUCGCCUUCUCAGCAGGAGGAGGUGGAGGCGUCAAAGACCAUCAACGCCAAUGAGACUGAGUCGCAGCGGAGCCAGACGAGCGAAGAGAUCGCCCCUGCUGGCCACAGCGAGAAGAGAGACGAUAUGCCAUCGAACAAUUCAUCCCCGGGCGUCUUGGAGCCUGCCACCAGCAUCGAGACGGAGAAGGUGGACGAGGCCGCCGAGCUAGAAGUGCGCGUGCAGCGCUACCUCGAGGCGCAACGCGCCGCCCGCGGACCGACGACUUUGACGACGAUCUGCGAGGACCGGCUCCGGUGGGCGCAGGAGACCUUCCCGACCGUCAGCGCGGUGCUCAUGCAUCUGCCCUUUGCGCUGAUACCGUUCGCCUUUUGCAUGUUUGUCCUCGUCGAGGCCCUGGGCAGCAAAGGAUGGGUCCCGGUGUUUGCCUACGGGUGGGAUCACUGGGUGAACAAGACGGGCACGAUUGGCGCUAUUAGUGGUAUGGCCUUUCUGUCCACCAUCUUGUGCAACUUUGCGGGCACCAACAUCGGCACCACCAUCCUGCUGUCCCGCGUGAUCCAGGCGUGGGCGACGAUCCACCACAAGAGCGGCGUGCCCAUCUCGGACCGCGACUUCUGGGCGACGGUGUACAGCAUGGCGAUCGGGGUCAACUACGGCGCCUUCAGCACGGCGUUCAGCGCCUCGCUGGCGGGCCUGCUGUGGCGCGACAUCCUCGCGCGCAAGCACAUCCACGUCAAGGCGCUCGACUUUGCGCGCGUCAACCUGCCCAUCAUCGCCGUCUCCAUGAUCAUCGGCUGCGUCGUGCUCAUCGGCGAGGUGUACAUCAUGCGAGGCAACGGGGCGUAUAUCCAGAACUGGUGA